GACCGCAACGGCGCGACUCCCAUUUGUUCCCACCAGCCGCUGUAGCCACCAAACAAUCUCAUCCCUUCCUCCCAACUUCUUGACAAGCCCGACGACAAACACUCGAACUCGCAACGAAAUCGCAUAGCUUAUUUGCUGUGAGGGUCGCAAGCGGCCAAUCGCGACACCGGCGGAAUGCACAUCAAACAAAUAAUCGUUCAGGGUUUCAAGUCGUAUGUCAGCUUUUCAGUGUUCAUUUAUAGCUGCGGUAGCUGCUCUUGAUCUCGCUAAUGCCACUAUUUUACGAAAUCCAACAGCUACAAGGAACAAACAGUUAUCGAGCCCUUUUCGCCCAAAACGAAUGUUAUCGUUGGUCAUAAUGGUUCCGGCAAAUCCAACUUUUUCGCUGCUAUCCGGUUUGUUCUUUCCGACGCGUAUACCCAAAUGGGACGGGAAGAACGGCAAGCGCUUCUACACGAAGGUUCUGGAUCUGCGGUUAUGAGUGCAUAUGUUGAAAUCAUUUUCGACAACAGUGACGAGCGAUUCCCUACGGGCAGAGAUGAGGUAGUGCUAAGGAGAACCAUCGGUCUCAAGAAGGACGAGUAUUCGCUUGACAGAAAAAAUGCCACUAAGAGCGAUGUCAUGAAUCUAUUAGAGAGUGCUGGUUUCUCCAGAAGCAAUCCUUACUACAUUGUUCCGCAGGGCCGUGUUACUACGCUUACGAACAUGAAGGAUUUCGAGCGACUGAACCUCCUCAAGGAGGUAGCGGGAACCCAGGUUUAUGAGCAACGGAGAACCGAGUCUCUUAAGAUCAUGGAGGAAACUGAGAGCAAACGAGCCAAGAUCGAUGAACUGCUAAAGUACAUUGAAGAGCGACUCAGUGAGCUGGAAGAAGAAAAGGAGGAGUUGAGGGGGUUUCAGGAGAAAGACAGGGAACGGAGAUGUCUCGAAUACACGAUCUACCAUCGGGAGCAAGUUGAGAUCAAUAAUGCUAUUGAUGGAAUCGAAGAAACCAGAGCACGUGGAAUUGAAAUCAAUGAAGACAGUAGGGAGGCUUUUAUUGAGCGUGAGAAAGAAAUACAGGUUUGCUUUUCCCCCCUUCCUCCCCCCACCGAUGCAGAGUCUUAGCUUACCCAAUGAUUCAAGAGCCUUGACCAAUCUAUUACAGCAAACAAGCAGCAAUCGGAACUCCUUCGGGUCGAUAAAACUCAGCUUGAGGAAGAAUAUCGCGAACAUGUUCGACAUCGUGCGCAGAUCGAGCUGGACGUUAAGGCCCUGACCGCCGACCAAGAGCAUCUACAACAAGCCAAGGCCCAGUAUGAGGCAGAGCUUCAAGAAAUCACCGAUAGUAUCGCUGAGCGUGAGGCCGAACUUGGCGAACUUCUUCCUGAGUACAACCAGAAGAAAGAGGAGGAGGCCAAACUAAAGUCACAGCUGGAGGAGGCCGAGGCCGCACGCCAGAGAUUGUACGCCAAACAGGGACGUAGUACCCAAUUCCGGAACAAACGGGAACGGGAUGAGUGGCUCAGACGGGAGAUUAGGGAAUGUCAGGAGACCCUGGGGAAGAGAAAGGUCAUAAUGGAUGGGCUGGAAACCGAGACUGCAGAGUUGGAGGCUGAGGUUGCUAGGGUGGAGACCGAGACCGAGAGUAUCCGACAAAAGCUUGACGGUAGAUCCGGAACUUUGGAAGAGAUUGCCGAAGAUGUUGCAGCUCGCAAAGAAGACCGUAAUAGGCUUGUCGAUGAGCGGAAGGAAUUGUGGCGCGAGGAUGCAAAGUUGGAUUCAUUGGUGGAGUCCUCGCGCCAGGAACUUGAGAAGGCGGAGAGGGCCCUAUCCUACACCAUGGACCAAAACACUUCGCGAGGUCUCGCAGCGGUUAGACGAAUCAAGGAGAGGCUGAAUUUGGAAGGAUGCUAUGGAACUCUUGUUGAGCUGAUGGAUGUUCAAGAGAACUUCCGUACGGCUGUUGAGGUCACCGCUGGACAGAGCCUAUUCCACUAUGUGGUUGACAAUGACGAUACAGCAACCAUCGCUCUCCAACAUUUACAGCGCGAGAAGGCUGGCAGAAUAACGUUCAUGCCGCUCAACAGGCUUAAGCCAAGGUUGGGAGGUUUUCCUGGCACUAAGGAUGCAUUGCCAAUGUUGGAUUAUAUCGAAUACGACGAAGCCUAUGCUAAGGCUUUCGAGCAUGUUUUUGGCAAAACAAUUGUUUGCCCUGACCUCAAUGUGGCUUCACAAUAUGCUAGAUCCCAUGGCCUCAGCGCGAUAACACUUGCUGGAGAUAGAGCGGACAAGAAGGGUGCAUUGACGGGAGGCUAUCACGAUCCAAGACGCAGCAGAUUAGAGGCCGUGAAAACUGUAAAGAAAUGGCGGGAAACGUAUGAAAAACAGAGGCGGGAGGCCAUGGAAAUUAAGAGAAGAAUCGAGAGAAAGGACCAGGAAGUUACGAAUGCUGUGGGAGAACUACAGAAGGCGGAGGCAAAGAGAGGCCAAUUGGAAAACAGUUAUGGGCCGCUCAGAGCUAGCUUGCAAGGAUUAGUAGGCACUGCAGGGCAGCUCAAAGAUAAUCUCGAGAGAAAGAGAAAGAGCAGGGAAAACGUUGAGGCAAGCUUGAAGAGCCUGGGCGAGCAACUGGAAGCAUAUCAAGCAGAGAUCAGCAGCGAAUUCAAGAAAACUCUCACUCCCGCUGAGGAAGCUAGACUCGAAGAACUCACCGGAACUGUCCAAGAACUACGGAAGGCCCUGUCGGUGGUAGCUCUGGAGAGGGCCGAAAAGGAAAGCCGAAAGUCUAUCAUUGAGGUCGAGCUACGAGAGAACCUACGGAUGAGACUUGAUCAACUAAAGGGACAGAGUAUGGACAACUUGGAGACCACGGGGUCAGGUGGGCGACGCAGUGAUCUGAAGGAAAGCCAGAGAGAGUUGAAGCGAAUCGGAAAGUCAAUUGAUAGGGUCAGGACCAGACUAGAUGAAGUCGAUCAAGAACUUGAUGGGGCAAAAAAGGAACUCGAGGACCUUGAGCGUCAGAAGACCGAGCUGCAGACGGCACAGCAAGAGGAGGCACGGAAUAUCGAGCGACAGAAGAAAAAAAUUGAGAGGAGCAUGGCUAAGAGAGCCUUGCUUACAGACAAAGCCCAGGAAUGCAGUCGGAAUAUUAGAGAUUUAGGAGUAUUACCCGAAGAAGCUUUCGAGAAAUUUGAGAGGCUGGCUUCCAACCAGGUAAGACCUCAAAAAGCAACAUUUGGGUGCGCAAUGCGCGCCUCUAAUCUUGGCGGCAAGCACUAGCUUUUAAUGCACCCCCUUGCUUUUUUUAAAGCAUGCAGCUACUGAUUCGUUCGGAGGAUAUGUAGGUUGUUAAACGACUUCAUAAGGUCAACGAGGCUCUAAAAAAAUACUCCCACGUUAACAAGAAAGCAUUCGAACAGUAUGCAAAUUUCACGAAACAACGUGAUACUCUAAUAAAGCGACGUGAAGAAUUAGAUUCCAGUCAAUCUUCUAUUGAAGAGCUGAUCCAGGUUUUGGACCAGCGUAAGGAUGAGGCCAUUGAACGGACAUUCAGACAGGUGUCCAAAGAUUUCGCGGAGAUUUUCGAGAAACUUGUACCAGCCGGGCGAGGGAGACUUGUCAUACAGAGGAGGAUAGAUAGGGAGGAACGUGACGAUGAAGGUAGCGGCGAUGAUGACGGGGAGGGCAGGAAGGGUGGGGUGGAGAAUUACACGGGGGUGGGUAUUAGCGUGAGUUUCAAUUCGAGACAUGAUGAGCAGCAGAGGAUCCAGCAAUUGAGUGGUGGGCAAAAGAGCCUGUGUAAGUCACGUUAUUCUAUCCCCACGCCCUAUUUCUUGGGGUGAUGCUCGAGUAUAUCGCGCAGAGUUGAACAGUUAUUAGGAAGUGAUUCGCUGAUUUUUAGCAGGUGCGUUGGCUCUUAUUUUUGCCAUCCAGCAGUGUGAUCCGGCACCGUUUUACCUUUUUGAUGAGGUUGAUGCGAAUCUUGAUGGUAAGUCGGAUCUUAUCUACCAGUACUAGCUAUUGGCGGAGGGGCCUUUUUUUUUUAUUUUGUGUCAGGGUUCUCAAGAACCGGACUGCAUUGGCCCUAAAAUAAGUUAAUCCCUGAGCUGGAUUAAUCAACAGGAGUACGUAACACGUGCUGUCUGCUGGCCUGCAGGAUAUUAACUCGCUGUUAACAGCCCAACAGCCCGGCUAUUGGGAAUCCUGCGCCCGGGGUUUUUUUUCUCGUUGGUACCACAAGCUUACAUGGGGUUAUGCAUAGCACAAUAUAGAACGGCAGUCGCACAAAUGGUGAAGGAUCUCUCGUCGCGGGCAGAAAAUGGCCAAUUUAUCGUAUGUACCGUGUUACUCUCUUGACACCCCCCACCCCAACAAAUUAAUAAAUAGCUGAAAGUGUUAUACAACUAACGUGGGACCAUAUCAAUAGUGUACGACAUUCAGGCCAGAACUCGUUAUGGUCGCGGACAAGCAUUAUGGCGUGCUUUAUCAGGACACAUACAAAACCUCUAGUGUCAAAAUUGCUAGCAAGGAAGAAGCCUUACACUUUGUGGAAGGUCAGAGGCCUUAGCUAGUCAAAAAAAAAAAAGUGGCACAGCGCUAAACUAUGGGAAAAAAUGAAAAAAAAGCCCUAUUCUCACGAGCCAUGAGGUUUAAAUACUAGGGGCGUGGACGAGUAUUUUUCGAUGCUUUAAUGGCUUUUUUUCUUUUUUCUUUCUACCUUUUUCUUUUUCCUCCUUCUGUACGGGUACAAUACGGUAUCUUUUUUAAAAAUCAGCUUCACCCAUCC